AAGGAGGGAAAAGGGGGAUACGUUCCCUGUUGCUUCCCAACGCCUUGGGGACCCCCUUCUCUAUCCCGGAGCCACCGCGGGAAUGUCUGGGCUGACUCCACUCCUCCCGGGCGAGCGGGACAAAGUCGGGAUGAUCCCGGAGCCGCCGUGGGUUUGGGGGGUGGGUGGGAGCCGCUGGCGCCGCUCCCGCCCCGCUCCAAUCCCCGCUCCAAUCCCGCGCCGAUCCCGCAUUGUUCCCGGCUCGGCGGGAGGAGGAGGAGCAGGGCCGAGGGCCAGCGGGAAGGGAGGCGGGAAGGCGGGAGCCGGGAAGUGCUGGAGCCGCCUGUCAUGUUGGUGGAGCUGCUCUUCCAGGCUGCCUGUGUGUCCCUGCUCCUCUCCAGCGGCCAGUCCAGGGGGUAUCCCGGGAGGAAGAAGCCGGGAAGCUUUUCCGUGGAGAGGCGCCGCGGGGGGCCCCACGUUUGCUUCCCGGGCUCCGGCAGCGGAUGUUGUCCCGGCUGGAUGCUGUCCCCGGGCAGCGGGAAGUGCACCCUGCGGAAUCACCUGCCCAGAUCCGCCGGGAACGUGCGGGGAGUACGGCUGUGACCUGUCCUGUAACCACGGCGGCUGCCAGGAGGUUGCCCGCGUGUGUCCCAUUGGCUUCUCCAUGGCGGAGACUCCCAACGGCGUCCGCUGCACCGACAUCGACGAGUGCCGGAGCGGGGCCUGCGAGGGGCCGUGCGUGAACACGGAGGGCGGAUUCGUGUGCCAGUGCGGCUCCGGCCGGGAGCUCUCCACGGAUCGGCGCAGCUGCCGCGACAUGGACGAGUGCCAGGCCACGCCGUGCCAGCACCGCUGCGAGAACAGUGUCGGGAGCUACCGCUGCUCCUGCCGGCCCGGAUACCAACUCCACGGGAACCGGCAUUCCUGCCUGGAUGUGGAUGAAUGCCGGCGGCCGGGAACGCGCCGCUCCUGCCAGCACAGCUGCCACAACAUUCCCGGGAGCUUCCGCUGCUCCUGCCGCCCCGGAUACCGGCUCAGCACGGACAGGGUGUCCUGCGAAGGGUAUCCCAAAGCCAUCCUGGCCCCGUCACCCAUCCUGCAAUCCCUGCAGCACCCGCCCACCCUCGUCCUGCUCCCUCCCGGCUCCCACCUGCUCCCGAGGGGCUCCCCCUCUCCCCACAUCCCUGUGGCAGCUCCCGGGACCCAAUUCCCACCCUCUUCUCCGUCCCUGUCUCCCGGUACCUCCAUCCCACCGUCCCCUCGCUGUCGGCACCGCGGGGUUUCCCGGGAGCCCGGCGCUCGCUGGACAGAGCCGGGAUGCCGGAGCUGCACCUGCCAGGAGGGACGAGUCCUGUGUGACGCCGUGAGCUGCUCCAUUCCCUGCUCCCACCCGCUUCCCGCUCCGGCCGGGGGGUGCUGCCCCACCUGCACAGGGUGCCUCCACGAGGGGGUGGCCAGAGCAGAGGGCGAUGUCUUCUCCCCAUCCGAUGGGAAUUGCUCCGUCUGCAUCUGCUUGGCCGGCAACGUCUCCUGCCUUUCCCCGGAAUGCCCCGCAGGCUCCUGCCCCAGCCCCUGCCAUCCAGCCAAGUGCAGUUUCCGGGGCCGCACGUACGCGCACGGGGCCCGGUUCAGCCCGGACGGGGACGGAUGCACCACCUGUGUCUGCCAGGGCGGGGAGGUGGAAUGUUCCUUCGCUCCCUGUCCCAUCCUGGACUGCCCCCAGCACCAGCGGCUCCUGCGCCCCGGGCAGUGCUGCUCCUCCUGCCGGGACCCCCCGGCCCCCGCCGGUUGCUUCCUGGAGGACAACGGCGUGCAGUUUCCCGUGGGACAGCUCUGGUCUCCGGGCGAUCCCUGUGAGUUAUGCAUCUGCCAGGCAGACGGCUCCGUGAGCUGCCGGCGCACGGAAUGCCUGGAGACCUGUCCCUAUCCCAUCCGGAUCCCCGGGCAGUGCUGCCCCGACUGCUCCGCAGGCUGCACCUACAUGGGGCGGGUGUUCUCCAACAACGAGACCUUCCCGUCGGAGCUGGAUCCGUGUCUCAGCUGCAUCUGCCUGCUGGGAUCGGUGGCCUGCUCGCCUCUGGAAUGUGCCAUCGUGUGCUCCUACCCCUUCCACCCCGAGGGCCGCUGCUGCCCCGUCUGUGACGACUGCAACUACCGCGGCAGGAAGGUGGAGAACGGGCAGAGCUUCACCCCCGAGGGGCAGCCCUGCACCCGCUGCGCCUGCCAGCUCGGGGAGGUGACCUGCGAGGAGCGGCCGUGCCCCCACUCCUGCUCCGAGCCCCCCGCGAUUCCUGCUCCCUGCUGCCCACCCUGCCCAGGUAAUGGGAUUCCCAGACCUCCUGGCACUCCAGGGACCCCCACCCCAGGCUGGGGGUCCCAGGGGAGGGGCGGGAACUGACCAAAGUCAUCCCUGUGCCAGCCACAGACGUCCGGCUCCCGCUGCAGGGCAGUGACCUGACCCCAUCCCUGGCC